AUGCCGGUCAUGCCCAUCCCCCGGCGGGUGCGCUCCUUCCACGGCCCGCACACCACCUGCCUGCACGCCGCCUGCGGCCCGGCGCGCGCCUCGCGCCCAGCCCGCACCAAGUACAACAACUUCGACGUGUACGUCCGCGCGCGCUGGCUCUACGGCUUCAUCCGCUUCCUGCUGUACUUUAGCUGCAGCCUCUUCACGGCCGCGCUGUGGGGCGCGCUGGCCGCCCUCUUCUGCCUGCAGUACCUGGGCGUCCGCGUCCUGCUGCGCUUCCAGCUCAAGCUGUCGGCGCUGCUGCUGCUGCUGGGCCGCCGGCGCGUGGACUUCCGCCUCCUCAACGAGCUGCUGGUCUAUGGCAUCCACGUGACCAUGCUGCUGGUCGGGGGCCUGGGCUGGUGCUUCAUGGUCUUCGUGGACAUGUGAGGGUGCCGCGGGUUCUCUGGGGGCGGCUGGGGGCCACCUGGCUGUAGGUGCACCAGCGAGGGGUGCUCUUCUUGCCGGGAUCGCUCAGGGCCCCUUCCGCCCCGUCCCAGAGGAAGGACCUCCCUGCGCGCCUGGGUCUCCUGCUCGGACAGGAAAGAGCGGAGACUUUUCUGUGAAGGGGACGCUGGCGCCCUCGCUCCUGCUGGUCUUUGCUUCAGCCCUUCUCUGUGUGCAUCCGCGGGGCCACCUGCUUGUGGUUCCACCUGCACUUUCCCAGCAAUUCCAGAGGGGACUCGUCGGUCCAGUCUGUACUUGGAGAGCCUGGGUCCCUGUCCCCUCUCCAGGCACCGGCAUCACCAGUGCUGGUGUGAAAGGCCCCUGGGAGGGGUGUGGUGCCCAGGUGCAGGCCUGGAGGGGGCUUCUCCCAGCUGCACUGUCCCCUCCGGUGCGCCCCCAGCCCCUGCGCCAGCCUUAGGGAAGCGUCGGGCUCCACCAGCUGACGCCCCGCACUGCCACCAAGCUCUUCACUCCGCCCUGGGCCACCAAGUCCUGGCUCAACCCACACACUGUCCUCCAUAUGUUACCCUGUGAGGCGUCCUGAGUCCCAGACCGGGCUUCCGUGUCACCGGGGUUCACUUGGCAGGCUGCUAGAUCAGGAGGGGGCGUGCUGGUUCCAGGGCACGCCUGUCUUCCUCCUGGGCAGGUCUGUUGAGAGUGUCGGCCAGAUGACGUCAUCUCUUCAAGUGUGACUUUCUGAGGCGGGCAACUCAGUGUAUUUCUGGCUUUAGGGGGGGUGUGGGAUUCAGCCUCUUCCCUGGAAGGAACAUCCAGGAUUAAGACUUGUGUGUCGGGAGCAGAGAUCAGAAGUGGCCCAAGUACUGUGCUUUAAGAAACACCUCUUGGAGUCGUGGGUACCCCAGGCUGGACUUUCAAGUGAGGGACUCGGUGGCCCUUGUUCCUGCCUCGGCAGCUGUCAGGGCAGCUGGGGGUCAGAGCAAGAGUGAAUGUGGGCCAGGAAAGAACCAGGGGGCCAGGGCGGUUCCGACUGCAGAGAGAACAUACCAAAGGGCUCGAGUCUCGCCCUUCCCCUCCCCCGCCUCCAUCAGAUGAGGCCAGGGUGGCCUUGGGCCUCGUAGGUAGGCAGGCGAGGGGCACUCUGAAUGAUUCAGCUGGGAGAACAGCCAGAGGCAGGACUUAGGGCCUCAGACGGGCAGGCGAAAGGCAGGCUAAUGCUGCUCCACCCCAGGUUGUCCCCACAGCCCCGUCUGGCCAGGCUGCCUAGUGGCCAGGGGGGCUGUCAGGGCAGUUGUGUGCCGCUGGAAGAAAAAACCCAAAUCAGGUAAAGAAAGCAAAAAAUAACUUGGCUGCAAGCCGUGCUUUUUUAUUUGUAGUCAGCUUCUGUCGGGCGUUUGUCCACUCAAGGUCAGCGGUGGGCUCCUCGGAGGGAGUGGGAAGCGAGUCUGUCCGAGUUACCUGGACGGCAGGCGAGGAGCCGAUCAGCGUGGACCCCACUUCUCAGCGCUGCAGAGAAUCUUUUGCACUAAAUCAUGCUGUCUCCUAAAAGCUUUGUUUUGUGUUGGUUGACUCCUGUUACUCUGAGGCCCCCCGUGGGCGCGUGCCCGUGGGGCUGGGGGUGGCAGCGGUGCGGACACGCCGCGUGUGUCCUCAGUGCCUGUGAAAUUCUUUAUGAAAUGAGCCACCUGCAUUAAACUUAUUUUUUUAACAUGUU